CAGCCUCACGCAUUGUGCUUGUGCAUUAACCCAAUACAAUCCCACAUGCAAUGUCUAACAGGGCUCUUCGCCGGGCAUUAUGGCUGAGACACCGCUUAAUAAUAGUAGUUCAGCUCCCGCUCCAGCUCCAGAAGUGAAAGAUGACAUACCGCCCAAGCCUUACCAUGCGAAGCGCCCUCACAAGAAGUCCCGGUCCGGCUGCCAGAACUGCAAGGCGCGCAAGGUCAAGUGCGACGAAUCGAGACCAACCUGUCGGUCAUGCAAGCUGAGGCAGGCCGACUGCGUCUAUCUGUACCCUCAGAAGACGCAGCAGUCUGUAGAGGCGCCUCCAUCGCAACAAUCAUCGGCGCAGCUCAAGUCUGCAACCGCUUCCUCGACUAGCAUCGCCGAUAUAGCCUCAGCGUCGUCCGUCUUGUUUUCGGCGCCUGUACUUGCAUUGGCGGAUAAAUACAAUGGCCAAGCGCCCAUGAUACCCACCGAACUGCUCCUCCUCCCGACCGGAAUCGACACGUCAGAUAUGAAGGCCCUCUGGUUCUAUGCGACUCAGACAUGCGGUUCCUUCUCUACAAUGGCCAAUGAGGGGCACAGGUCAAUCAUGAGAAGCCUGCUGGUUCGCUACGGAUCCGAGUCGCCUUUUCUGAUGGACACCAUCUUCGCCCUUUCUAGUUCACACAUGCUGCAUUUGAACCAGCAGUUCGAUGCGCAGCGUGCCCUGACAUAUCGCGUCAGGUCCCUGGCAGGAUAUCGCAAGGCAAUCGAGGAAGCCAACCCGGUAGACUAUCCUGCCCUGCUGGCAAACUCUCUGCUUUUAACAGCACUAUCGUCUCAGAAUUUCAGAGAAGCUGAUAGCAAAGACCUGUAUAUUCUCGACUGGCUUGUCGUAUGGAAAGGCAUCAUCCUCGUAAUCAACCUUGUCUCCAAGUCUACCUUUCUUGAAUCUGGCAUGAGGACUCUAUUCAGCCGACCGCUUAUAGAUCUUGAGAAAUCUGCCUCCUUCAUCCCUGAGAAGCUUCUCGCCAUGGUUUCCGCCAUCCAGCCGGGUGAUCUCGACUACCCCUUCAAAGAAGCCUAUGACCAGACGUUGAAAUAUCUGGGGAGUUUAUAUAUGGACUUAGCAGAAGGCCCCUCAAGUUUGAUGAGUCUAAGAGUCAUAACGAUCUUUACCUUUGUCCCUAGGGAGUUCAUUGAUAUCGCUCGCAGUUUACAGCCGCGCGCUUUGGUGAUUCUUGCUUACUUUGCAACCUUCUUCAAGCUAGUUCAGUCUGAUGUUUGGUGGCUAGAAGGCAUUGGAGACCGCACAAUACGGGACAUUUGCAAAUACAUUACCCUGGAAUGGUUUGACUAUAUGCGAGUCCCUUUCAUGGCUCUUGAUAUACAUAGCAGCAUAGAGCUGGCUAGGGUCAUACUCGGAGAUACGGAGAGCGUUUCGCCUCAAAAGUACCAUCUCAUAGACUAUGCUGCUCUGCAGCUAAGCUGACUCAAAGUUGCAACCGGGAACUGAUUCACGGCUGUAGCGUUGGAGGGUUUAUAUCCAUAUUAUGAAGCUAUAGAUUUAAUGAAGUAUGAAAAAGACACACGACACAUUUUCUCAG